AUGCAACGCGAGGCAUCCGUGCAGGGAAACGACAGCGGCGCGCCCAGCAGAAACAACUCGGAGCCAGCGUCUCCGAUUGCCGCAACGCCGGCGGCAACACCAUACACCAAUUUUUCCCUAGAGUUGCCCCGGAAUCGCUCUGUGCUGGUGGAGGGGCACACCUACGGGGAGACGAGUUGCAUCUUAGCCGACACCGUCGGCGACCGCUACACCGCCGUCACACACGUGGACAUGUAUCUCCUCCCUUUUCAGGUUCUCAUCCAGCUGAUGAAGCAGGAGCCAGAGGUGCAUAGUGCCAUCUACCACAGUGCCCAGGAGUUUUCGUAUCUGCGCGACAAGGAGUGGGCCGGCGUCUUGUUCGGACCGCGUCUCGUCGGUGCGAAGCUAUUCGGUGUGCACGGCGUGGUACCCGCAGAAGGGAUGCUGGCCCUAAUGGCGACUGCCACACACGAGAGAGCCAGUGGUGGUGGUCCUAGAGACUAUAGAGGAAAAGCCCUGGCGGAGUCCCCCUUCAGCGUGGACCACCCAUCACACGGCAGCGCGCGACGCGGAGGCGGCGGCGGCGGCCACCGAAGCUCAGCCCCCGCGCGGCGCGUCACCAUAUUUGAAGAAGCACUCAACUCGGGUGGCACAGGAGACCACGCUGGCAGUGGUGUAGGGGGCGCGAAUGUCUUGCCACUGACGGGCGGCCGUGUAUCAUCAGCGCUACUGAACGCGAUGGAGCAGAUGCCUCUCGUCAGCUUGCUUCCGAGUGCCACGCGUGACUUUUACCGCGCGUGCACUCAACAGUGGCGCUGCGUUCCGUACAAGAAGGGUGAUGUCAUCGUCACUAGCGGGGCGGAGUGCAAUCGACUUCUUUUGUUCUUUGAAGGCCGCGCCGGGAUCGUCAUGAAUGCACCACUACUGCAUGACGAGAUGCGGUCUGGGCCGCUCGGCCGCGCGGACAUCGCUAGCGCGUCGCCGGCGGCGGUCUGUCCCAUUCCCCCCGGUCACGUUGUCGGGUACACGUGCGUGCGGCGGCAUCGCUGGACCCGCAGCAUCAUCGCGCUUGACAACGUUGUUGAGGUGUGGGAGAUGCACCGCAACGCGUUUGUGCAGCUCCUACGCACCCAUGGUCUAGAGCGCGGCAUGCAGGCGGCGACACUACAGGUGCUGCAGCCGCUCGCACCACAGGAGAGGCUGGCGGUGCUUGAUUACCAACCACUCCUCCAUCCAAUGCCUAGCUCGCUGUGGAGUGAACAGGCAGUGCCCAACGUGCACCCCGUCGUCGUGACAAACGAGAGCGCCGUGUGCUUCCCGGUGUGGCGUGAGGGCGACUUUCCCCUGGAUCGUCAUCAGUCCGUGAUGGACACAACAGCGCGCGCCGGCAGCGCUGGGGCUCGCCGAGCGACGUUGUUGUCGGCGAGCUCGAUGAAGGUGGCUUCCGUGGCCAACGAGCGUCAGCGCAGCGCCAGCCGACUAGAGGACUCCACUCAUUUGCGUAGUCGCCACUCUGGAAGCACGGCAGGGAUGGCCGAGGUGGAAAGCACUAGCCGACACCACUUCAUAGCGCAGCUGGCAGGUGCCUAA